AUGCGCUACGGCAACUGGGAUGUGCUCCUGUUUCCAGAGCUCUCCAGGGUUCCCAUCCAGGAGUUUAAGACUCAAUGCUUCGUGGCUAAGGAUGUGGACUCUCCUAAUCUGCACAGAACUGCAUACCAGAGCCCUCAUUCUUACUACCCUGGUUCUGACCAUUGCAACCAGCUUCCUGUUCUGACAACAUUCAUCCCGAGUCUGCCUGUUGACAAUCGUUUCCGAAUUUCGGUGCAUAGCUGGGAGAAGCCCCGCCCUAGUCUCUCAAUCGAGGCUCAUAUGGAGCCAGAGGAUGUCUUGCUUUUUGAAGCUCGUGUCUAUGUGGAUGGUGAUUUCAUUGCCGGUGCUAUCUUCGGUCAGAGAACCGAUUGGCCGCACAUCAUUGAGCUCACUAAUCAGCUUGACCGAGACGGAAACCCUGACAUGAUGCGCUUCCCUCCCUUUCACUCUGAGGUCCUCGGCCAGAAGUAUUGGGAUAUUAAUGAUAUGAAGGGUCGGAUUAGGGUCGUCAUUGCUGAAGGAUUCUCUCGCCCAAACCGAUCGCCUCCUUUUGAGCGCUACAAGGAUGUCGUCGCGAUGUCUUUUCAACAUGCACCCCUAAAUGUUUUGGAGUUCUCUAGCAUCGCCUGGCCUAACCCUAAGAUGUGGUUGCCAUCGGGCAAUGUACCCCGAUACUUCCCAGGAAAUGGAUAUGGCAACACCAAGAGACCUGGUGAUCCUCAUGGACAUUCUCCAAGCAAGCCUAACUGUAAUACGGUCAACUCUAGCAGCCAGUCCAGCAACAGCAAUGUCGCAACCUUCAACUGCAGCCACCAGCCUGUUCAUCCAUCGAGCUAUGCAUGGACUCCUCACCGAGGGUUCCCUAUUCCCUCCACUCAAUGGACUGACUAUCCACGGGGACCUCGCUGGGAGGGACAAAACACAUACGCUGAGCCUGCUUUGGACAAUUUCGUCGAUGACACUGCUUGGCGUUCACGCGGUGCCCGAUCUUCUCGCGAAGAUAUCCCCAUGCCAGACUACGCCUCUAGCUCCACCAGCAGCCGUGCCAUCUCGAGUAUGACUGACAUCAGCUACGAGCACAGUAAACAGCCCAGCAUGACCGCCGCCAUGGAUGAGGAUCAGUACAACGAAUUGAUCCAGGCUCUCACUCCUACCAAGCUGCCCACCGUGGGCACCCGUGCACCUUCCAACACCCCCUCGUCUAUUGUUCCCGCAAACAAGCCCUCUGCCGCCGCCCAAGCACGCUCUGAUAGCUACAGUCGAGUCACUCGCCGCACCUCUGCCCUGUGUCAGAUCUCGCAGCCCAGCACCCGUGACGUCUCUGGCUCAAGCAUGCCGCCCGUUACCGAGAAGGAUGCCGCCGAGCUGCCAGCCUCCAAGGUUAGAGCUAGUCCCAGUGAGAAGAUCAAAAGCAAGAAGAAAGUCGUGAAGGAUGUCGACGCUGUCACCAGCCAGGACACAACCAAGGAAAAGGAUAUCAUGAAGAAGGUCAAGAUUGCCAUUGACGCCGAGAGAGCUCUUGCGAACCAGGAGAAUGAGGAAUCGAUUACUUGA